AUGUGGAAGCCGCCGGUGAAUUUCAUCACCUUGCAUUAUACAUACAUCAUUCUCUGCAGCCUAUCGGGGAUAGUUAUACUUUACCCCUAUGGCAAUUUGCGCGCGAUCGAUGCAUUCUUUUUCGGAGUCAGCUCUGCCACGGUGUCAGGACUUAAUGUUGUGGAUCUAAAAGACCUAAAAACAUACCAGCAGCUGUUUGUAUACUUCAUUCCCACCAUUUGCAACAUGUGCUUCACCAAUAUCCUUGUGGUGAUCGUGCGACUCUACUGGUUUGAGAAACGUUUGAAAGAGACAGCUCCCACUGCCUUUCGCCCAAGUUCACGUUCAAUAAAUCCUAAGGAGUAUGACUAUGACCAGGAGGCACAACCCAGAAACCUGAACACCAGCCGUGCCCGGGACUCGGAACAGACUGCCAGAGAGAAAACCAAUGUGGACAAUGAGCACGUGGCAGGCUCGAGCAAAAGCCAAACAGUGCCAGAAGACCUAACUGACUCGAAGCCUCCAGAUGGCCCGGACUCAGAUAUUAUUCAGCCAACUAACCGUCGCAUCUCCUUUGCGGACAACAACAAGGCUCUAUAUAUUCCAUCUCCACGAGAGCGUGAUAGAGGCCAGCCUAUAGUAGAGGUAGACGAAAGAGCAAGCAAAGAUGAGAUAUCGGAAUAUGUCGAAAACGACGACGCCAGGUCAGAGAUUCGCCGCCGAUUAAGGGACACUUCUAAUCCGCUCGAACGGGUUGCCUCCUCCCUGUUUGUGCUUGGUUCACAGCCUAGCAAGACUCAAGGCUCUCAGCUUCGCGAAGCUGUCUCCCUAUCUAAGAGUUCGAAUCUUCCGAGUAUUUCAGCAGAAGCGACCCUUGGUAGGAACUCGAAAUUCUAUAACCUAACUGCUCAAGACCGGGAAAGGUUGGGAGGUAUAGAGUAUCGGGGUCUCAAGAUAUUGCUCAAAACUGUGCUGGGGUACUUUUUCGGCCUUCAUCUAAUUGGUGCAAUAUGUCUAGUAGGUUGGAUACAGUAUGCUGCUCCUAAGUACCGGGACUACCUAAAGGAAUGUGGGCAGAAUCAUAUCUGGUGGGGGUUUUAUGCGGCGCAAACGAUGGCAAACAACCUGGGGUUCACCCUCACCCCAGACUCCAUGGUCAGCUUCCAAGACGCAACUUUUCCCAUGCUGAUUAUGACCUUCUUAGCAUAUGCUGGGAAUAAUCUAUAUCCUGUUUUUCUGCGUCUUAUUAUUUGGACUACGUACAAAUGUACUCCAAAGAACUCGUCGCUCAGAGAACCCUUGGAUUACCUCUUGAAGUAUCCUCGCCGAUGUUAUACGCUGCUCUUCCGCAGCAAACCAACUUGGGUUCUCUUUGGGAUUAUCUUCGUCUUGAACUUCGUCGACGUUCUCUUGAUCGUUGUGUUGGAUCUGCAUAACCCCGCCGUCAACACCCUUUCCGGAGGACCGCGAGUGCUGGCCGCCAUCUUCCAAGCCGCAUCAGCAAGGCAUACGGGGACAUCGAGUUUCAACCUUGCCGAUGUAAACCCAGCCGUCCAAUUCAGCCUACUCGUCAUGAUGUACAUCUCUGUAUUCCCUAUCGCUAUUAGUAUGCGUGCGUCCAAUACCUACGAAGAACGUUCACUUGGAAUGUUUUCCAGCGAUGGCGAGGUCGACGAGAGUAGUAACACUACGACUUACGUCUUGUCCCACGUGCGAAACCAACUCAGUUUCGAUCUGUGGUACAUCUUCCUUGGGAUAUUCUGUAUCUGCGUUGCCGAAUCGAACAGGAUCAUGGAUCCUUCUGAGCCGGGGCUCACUGUCUUUGCCAUCUUCUUCGAGGCUAUUUCUGCAUACGCAAAUGUCGGCCUCAGCUUGGGCUAUCCGGGCGUCAAUACUUCUUUGAGUGGGCAGCUGUCGACUUUCAGUAAAGUCGUUGUCUGCCUUAUGAUGAUUCGAGGAAAGAACCGCGGACUACCCUAUCAGUUAGAUCGGGCUAUUCAACUUCCCAACGAAGGCUUGGUUGAUGACCAAGUGGAUUCUGGGUCAGACAAUCUGUAUACGGACGGCAAAUUGGAUCCGAUGGAUGUCCGAGACCUGAAAGUGAAACGGCAUCACACCAAAUAG